AUGCAGCGCCGUAUGCUCACGAAAGAUGAAGAGGCCUCAGCGCAGAGUGAGGAUCUAGAAGUGCGCCGCGAGGAUCAAGAGAAGAUCAACAAAUUCAGUUCUCUGCAUCAGAAAGAAGAGCUUCUCGAAGAGGAGCUGAGGGCAAAAAUCAAGGAGAAGGAAGAUUUGGAGGAGAUCUCAGGCGAACUCGAGCUGGUUGAUGAGGAGGAGAAAGUACCAUACAAAGUCGGCGAUUGCUUCGUCUCAUUACCCCAACCGCAGGUCCUCGAGCUUUUGGGUUCAUCAACAGAGACCAUUGACAGCGAGGUAGAAGCUCUCAAGGCCAAGCUAGAAGGUAUCCAAGAAGAGAUGGGAGAGCUGAAGAAGGCACUCUAUGGCCGCUUUGGCCGCAGCAUCAACCUCGAGACGUAG